AUGAAAGAUAACCCACGAGGGCUCUUGAAACCAAAAGCUUCCUUGCAUGAGCAGGUCCAAAUAUCGGUUGCCCAAUUCUUUUCAACCAAAGCUCAAGGCAACACUAAGGUUAGCACUUGCACUCAUCUAAGGAGAGAUUCCAUUACAACUAGAAAAGACAAGUUCUUAGAUAAGUCCACUGACGAAAUCACAGGAUACACCAUUGGAGAGCUAAAGAAGUACUGACCAGAAAAAGUAUCUGAAACUAACUCCAUGAUCAGAUACAAUGUAGAUGACAAUGCCAUACACAGUAAGCCAGAGUAA